AUGGACGCGGUUCAUCUGCUCGGGACGGCGACGGCGACGACGGAUGGACGGGAAAGAGGAAGGAUGGAGGCGGCUGCGCGAGGCGACGCGAUGAGGAGGAGAUCUGGACGAGGUGGCUGCGCGAGGAAGAAUCUGCAUGGCGGCGGCCGGCGAGGAACGGAGGAAGGCGGCGACCGUGAGGCAACAAGGAAGGGAGCUGGGCGGCGGCCGUGA